AUGUCUUCAACAAUAAAAAUCACUCCUCGUCGUUCACAGGAACGUGGGCAUGCUGAUCAUGGUUGGCUAAAAAGUUUUCAUACAUGGUCAUUUGCGUCCUAUUACGAUUCACGUUUUGAUAAAGGUUUUGGCUGUCUACGUGUCAUGAACGAAGAUCGAGUUCAACCAACGACAGGAUUUGGUACACAUCCUCAUAGUGAAUAUGAAAUAUUUUCAUAUAUUGUUGAUGGUGAACUACAACAUAAAGAUUCAAUGGGAAAUAAAGAGAUCAUUCACCGUGGUGAAGUUCAAUUUACGUCGGCUGGAACUGGUAUUCAACAUUCAGAAUAUAAUGUUAAUAAAUCAUUGUGGGUUCAUUUUAUUCAAAUAUGGGUUAAACCAAAUCAAUCGAAGCUUAAACCAUCUUAUACAACAAAACAAUGGUCCGAUGAAGAGAAGCUCAAUCAAUUGUGUUUGUUAAUCGAUGAUGUGAAUAGUUGUAAUGGGAAAACUAUUGCCAUCCAUGCACCAUUAUCGAUGUUUGCUAGUAUUUUACAGCCGAACAAAUCGAUUAAACAUGUUUUCAAAAGAACAAAAGGAUAUAUUCAUUUAGUUAUGCGAACUGGUUAUGAUGUAAAAAAUGGUGCAGAAAUUCGUAUUGGACAAAACGUUAUUUUAUACGAGGGUGAUGGAGCAUUUAUUAAUUGUGAUGAACUAAAUAGUGAAUUCUCUAUAGAAAAUAUUAGUGCAAUCAAUGCUGAAUUUUUAUUAUUUGAUCUUGAAUAA